UGCAGCCUGCCCUCUUCUUCUUCUCUGUGCGAUCGAGCUGAGCCGUGGGUUGGCGAUUGAUCGGAGUUGGCUCAACAAUGCUGGAUCGAUCAACGACCAUCUGAAAGAGCAGCGGUUGCCGGAGAAGCUCGUCGGGAGAGACUGCUGCCUCAGCGCUUGAACAGCUGGACAACCGCUUGAUCGGGCCGGCUGGCGCUGGAUCGAUCGGCAAGCUCGAUCAAAGGCGCCGCCUUGUACUUCGCUUCCUUGGCAGUAGUACCUGCUACAGAGUCCCGCCGCCGUCUCGGCGACCUACGGAGAGAUUGCUCCUGGGCUCCUGUGGCUGGCAGCUGCUCACUGAGCCAUGAACGCAAUGGAGCCCGCGGAAGAGGUGGAGAUUUGGGCGCCCAUCUUGGCUGACCCUCUUGAUUGGCCUCCAUCUUCUGUCACUGUUCUUCUUCCAAGUCAGGUGGAAGAAUAUUUUAGUUCUAUGUAUGGCGUUGAUGACAUGGAGAUCAAACAAUUUGCACAAGAGCCCGAAGGUGAGCAAUGGCGCCAGCAAUAUCUGGGAGACCUCAUAGUAAAGGAAAAUUGGAGGCGUGGCCCACGAGGUCCUCGCAGGAGGAGGGUAUUUCCUUCAGGAAGCGGAGGAAUGAAUUUUCACCGUCGGAAAAACAACGAACAUUGGACACAUGAAGAAGUGAAGAAGCUGGUUAAGGGUGUCAAGACAUAUGGUGCUGGGAAAUGGACCAUGGUGAAGAGUCACUACUUCUCAUCGUCAGUUCGAGACCCAACACAUCUCAAGGACAAAUGGAGGAACCUUUUGAGAGCUUGUGGGGUCAUGUGCGCCUCCAAAAGGAAGGAAAAGGCACAAAAGACUAUGUUCCUGCCCCUAGAUACAAACUUGAUCGAACAGAUCCAAGGGUUAGCUAUUGAUUCAGCCUUCGCAUCCAAAAUGAAGAAAUGCCAUGGGAAAGGAACAAUCCGUCUGGAAAUGAUAACGAAAUGAUGGUCGAGGCUUUAUAAGUUUACAUAGGUUAACCUAGCAACCUCUAAAUGUGUUAAUUCUUUUGAAAUUGGGAAGCAUAUGCAUAUAUUAUGUAAGAAAAGGCAGAGAAUCAUGUGCAACUGGCCCUGCCUUUGUCCUUGCAUAUAUACCGUAGGUAGAAAUUAUGUAUUGUAAAAAAAAUGUGUG